AUGGCAGUGCCUGUGCAGCGCUACAACAGUGCUCGGAUUUUCACUGUAUAUGAUGGAGCCGCUGUCCAGUUCCAUUACUUAUCGGAGAAGAUUUGCGAACAGCUCGUGCAUUUCCAUGUAAUGGCCAUGGAGGACUGCUUCUUCCUGUGGGUCGGGCUCUCGCCUCUUUUAGCCAAUUUGUCCGUGGCUAUGUGCAGGAGAUUUAAAAAUAACAAUAUGUCUACAUUGGUUCUUGGGGAUACCUCUGAUAUCAUGUCAACUUCUUUUGCACAAAGAUUAGCAAAGAAGACAAAAAAACAAGUGUUUUCCAGCAUGAACAUCCCAAAUAAGGAAAGCCAGCUAAUGAUACUGGUUGAGAAACGCAUCCGGCAGGAGAUGGACGCCUUUCCUGAAAAGUUCUGAUGAUGUGAAUUGGAAGGCACCUAAGUGUAUUCCUUUUCUUUAUGAAGAACCUAAUACACAGAAAUAUGUGGACUGUUCCAAGUGAACUCCAUUAUGGGAGUCCUAUGUAUAGCUAAGAAGCCGUGCAGGGGAAGGUGCUCCCUCCAAAGGUGUAUGCACCAAAAGUGGCUCAUUGAUUGUUGAGUUGAGAAGAUCCAUUUAUUUUACAAAAAGUUAAACAGAAAAAUAACUACCUUUUCAAUAUUGUUUAUAGAGAAAAUUAUUUUAUUAAAAAUAUUAAACGUG